CAUCAUCGCGCAGAUGAUCAUCCUGAGAGUUGUAUGUAGAGAAAUAUUAAACUAUUUAGAGCACACUGAGUGUGUAAACUUUGAUCAACUGCACUUUUGUGCAUAGGGGUGCACAGCGCCGUUGGCACAACUGUAAAGCCGUUUCUGCACAGCAAGAAACGUUGCAGGAAGAAGUGGAACAUGGCAGACAUAAAGAAUUUCCUUUAUGCGUGGUUGGGUAAGCAGAAACUUACGCCUACCUAUGAAAUCAAGGCAGCUGGGAACAAGAAUCGGCAGAAGUUUAUGUGCGAGGUUCGGGUGGAGGGGUUUAACUACAUUGGCAUGGGGAACUCAACCAACAAGAAGGAUGCGCAGUCCAAUGCAGCCCGGGACUUUGUCAACUUCCUUGUUCGACAAGGCAAAAUGAGUUCAAGCGAGGUGCCUGCUCUGGGGCCAAGUGCACCGGACCCUGGUGAUGUCCCAGACGGUGGUGGCGGUGGAUUCGGCCAGCUUCCAUCCCAUGGCCCCUUACCUCCACAUCUGGCUAUCAAAAGGGAACAAGGUGUUUCAGAGCAAGACGCUCCAGGCAUGCCGGGAGGUACAGGCAUGGGCUAUUCUGGCUACGGCAACAGUGGCGGCGGCCGCGGUGGCGGUGGCGGUUCCAACACCGAUUGGGAGCGGGGAGCUAAUUUAAAGGAGUACUACGAAAAAAAGGAGCAGCAAGACGCCGAAGCGACUUAUGAGUCGGAGGAGGUUGAUUUAAACGCAGGUCUCCAUGGUAACUGGACCCUGGAGAACGCCAAGGCUCGUCUGAACCAGUUCUUCCAGAAGGAGAAGAACCAGACUGAUUACAAAUACAGUCAAGUGGGGCCUGAUCACAACAGGAGUUUUAUCGCUGAGAUGACCCUUUACGUAAGGCAGCUUGGGAGAAAGAUAACUGCUCGUGAGCAUGGCUCCAACAAGAAGCUGGCGGCCCAGUCUUGUGCCCUGUCCAUUGUCCGGCAGCUGUACCAUUUGAAUGUUAUUGAACCAUUCACUGGAUUGACGAAAAAGAAGGAGGGGGAAACGGUGGAGGUGUAUGAGGUGACCAUGCCAGAUGAGGUGUGCCACCAACUUCAGAGCACCAUUCAGGAGCUUGGGAUUGAGAUCCCGCCCCCUCCCCAUGACCCCGGCUCUCCAGUGUCCCUGCUCCAGGGGAAGCUGGCCCAAUUCGAGCCCUCUCAGAGGCAGAGCACGGCGGGCGUGGUGCCCUGGUCCCCCCCUCAGGUCAACUGGAACCCCUGGACCAGCAGCAACAUAGACGAGGGCCCUCUGGCGUUUUGUACACCAGAGCAAAUAAGUGGAGACCUGUUGACAGACCUAAACUAUCAGCUGGAUAACGAUGAAAACCUUCAGAUGGGCUUAAAAGAGAGGAGCAACCUCCCGGUGAAGAACUUCGAGGGGGAGAUCAUGGAUGCCAUCAUGAACAACCCCGUGGUCAUCAUCCGGGGGGCCACCGGCUGUGGCAAGACCACCCAGGUGCCCCAGUACAUCCUGGACCACUUCAUCAAGAGCAGCCGUGCCUCCGACUGCAACAUAGUCGUCACCCAGCCUCGGCGCAUCAGUGCGGUGUCUGUGGCGGAGCGCGUGGCCUACGAGAGGGGGGAGGACCUGGGCAAGAGCUGUGGCUACAGCGUACGCUUCGAGUCCAUCCUGCCUAGACCACACGCCAGCAUGAUGUUCUGCACUGUCGGGGUGCUACUGAGGAAGCUGGAGGCUGGACUCCGAGGGAUCAGCCACGUGAUUGUUGAUGAAAUCCACGAAAGGGAUCUCAAUACGGAUUUCCUGAUGGUGGUGCUGAGAGAUGUGAUCUUGGCCUACCCUGAGAUCCGGGUCGUCCUCAUGUCUGCCACUAUCGACACCACCAUGUUUGCUGAAUACUUCUGCAACGCCCCCAUCAUAGAGGUUCACGGGCGCACCUUCCCCGUCCAACAGUACUUUCUUGAGGACUGCAUUCAGAUGACCCAGUUUGUGCCCCCUCCCUCGGACAGGAAGAGGAAGGACAAAGACGAGGAAGGAGGAGACGAAGAGAUGAACUGCAACCUGACAUGCGACGAGGUGUACGGGCCCGAGACCAAGCGCUCCAUGGCGCAGCUGAACGAGAAGGAGACGUCGUUCGAGCUGAUCGAGGCUCUGCUGAAGUACAUCGAGACGCUAAAGGCGGCCGGCGCCGUGCUGGUCUUCCUGCCCGGCUGGAACCUCAUCUACUCCAUGCAGAAACACCUGGAGUUCAACCCACACUUUGGAAGUCAGCGCUACAAGAUCCUGCCUCUUCACUCUCAGAUCCCCAGGGAGGAGCAGCGAUUGGUGUUUGAGCCUGUACCUGACGGCGUGACCAAGGUUAUCUUGUCAACCAACAUUGCAGAGACCAGCAUCACCAUCAAUGAUGUUGUGUAUGUCAUUGAUUCGUGCAAGCAAAAGGUGAAGCUGUUCACGUCCCACAAUAACAUGACCAACUACGCGACGGUGUGGGCAUCCAAGACCAACCUGGAGCAGAGGAAGGGCCGCGCGGGCCGCGUGCGGCCAGGCUUCUGCUUCCAUCUCUGCAGCAACGCCCGCUUUGAGAGGCUGGAGACCCACAUGACGCCGGAGAUCUUCCGCACGCCGCUGCACGAGGUGGCCCUCAGCAUCAAGCUGCUGCGACUGGGAGCCAUCGGCCACUUCCUGUCCAAAGCCAUCGAGCCACCGCCACUAGAUGCCGUCAUCGAGGCUGAACACACACUCCGAGAGUUGGAUGCUCUUGACUCCAAUGAUGAGCUGACUCCUCUGGGCCGCAUCCUGGCCAAGCUGCCUAUCGAGCCUCGGCUGGGCAAGAUGAUGAUCAUGGGCUGCAUCCUCAACGUUGGCGAUGCGGUGUGCACCAUUUCCGCAGCGUCCUGCUUCCCUGAGCCCUUCAUCAGCGAGGGUAAACGUCUGGGUUUCGUCCACCGCAACUUUGCAGGCUCACGCUUCUCGGAUCACGUGGCCCUGCUCUCCGUGUUUCAGACAUGGGAUGAAGUCCGGAUGGGUGGAGAGAAUGCCGAGACUAACUUCUGUGAGCACAAGCGUCUGCACAUGUCCACUCUGAGGAUGACGUGGGAGGCCAAAGUGCAGCUGAAGGACAUUCUCGUCAAUUCAGGCUUCCCCGAGGAGUGCCUGAUGAACCAGGUGUUCAGCAACACGGGGCCCGACAACAACCUGGACGUGGUGAUCUCGCUGCUGACCUUCGGCUCCUACCCCAACGUCUGCUACCACAAGGAGAAGCGCAAGAUCCUGACCACCGAGGGCCGCAACGCGCUCAUCCACAAGUCCAGCGUCAACUGCCCCUUCAGCAACCAGGACAUGCAGUACCCCUCACCCUUCUUCGUUUUUGGAGAAAAGAUCCGGACUCGAGCCAUUUCGGCCAAAUCCAUGACCCUGGUCAGCGCCCUGCAGCUUCUACUGUUUGGUGCCAAGAAGAUCACCUCCAACGGAGAUGUGGUGGAGCUGGAUGAUUGGAUAAAGCUGCGUAUCCCGCACGAGGUUGCUGGUGCAAUCGUCGGCCUGCGGGCGGCGCUUGAGGCACUGGUGGUGGAGGUGACCAAGGACCCAGAGCUAAUCAGCCAGCUGGACCCAGCCAACCAGCGCAUGCUCAACACCCUGCGCCUCAUCUCCAAACCCGCCUCGGCCGGCAUCCACCUCAUGGCCACCAACCGCAGGUACGGCGAUGGCCCACGCCCUCCCAAGAUGGCCCGGUUCGAUGGCGACGGAGGACGAGGAGGAGGGUUCCGUGGCCGCGGAGGCGAGGGAGGUGGCUUCAGGGGUGGUGGCGGGUACCGCGGGGGAGGAGGUUACCGUGGAGGUGGCGGGUAUGGAGGAGGAGGAGGCUACAGGGGUGGGGGUGGAGGAUUCAGGGGCAGGGGAGGAGGAGGAGGCUAUGGUGGAGGUGGAGGCGGCUAUCGAGGUGGGUACAGAGGAGGCUAUGGAGGUGGUGGUGGUGGUGGGGGAUACAGAGGUGGCCGGGGUGGGUACUGAGGGUCUCACAAUAAAGGUGGGGUUUAACCAUUUUAAGAAUAUGUACUAUUAUGACAUCAUGUUGGGGGUUCCUCAGGCUCAUAGGAGUCUAUGUAGAACCUUAGAAUCCUGGGGGAGUUCCCCCAACGUGAUGUCAUACCUGCAACCCCACCUUUAACUUGUCAGUUCAGUUGUCUAUGAUUCCAUCAUCCUAACUCCCAUCCUCCCUUGUGCUUGUGGCCUCGUGAUAUUGCGAGAAGUCAUUGACGACAGAAGUUUAAUUCAAUAUCUGGUUGAUUUUAGUUUUAUGUCAUUUCAGUUGUGUGUGUCUCUACCCAACAUUUGGUUUCUGUUCAGUAGUAACCUUUUUUUAUGAAAAAAUGUCUGUAUAAAAUGUGAGUACAGCUGAAUUGAUGUCUGAAUUUUAAAUUGUUUGCAGUAGCUCCUUGUUUAUUGGUUGCCAUACUGAUGUCAUCCCCCUAUGUCUGUAAAGUUGCUACAAUAAAGAUCAAGAAAAUA